AUCACAGGCAAGGGGUGGUCCCGUUCUUGCCGACUUGGCUGAGGCGUCAGCAGUAGGACGCGGAAUUUGUCCAAAGUUCUUCAUUUAGUCGUCCGAUGGCUCCGAGCGCGCAGCUCAAAGAGGCGAUAGCCGACGUGCAGGACGGCGUCCGGGCCAUCCUGCUCGGACCGCCCGGUGCCGGGAAGGGGACGCAGGCCCACCGGCUGGCCGAGCGCUACUGCGUGUGCCACCUGUCCACCGGAGACAUGCUGAGGGCCAUGGUGGCGUCAGGCUCGGAGCUGGGCAAGAAGCUGAAACAGACCAUGGACGCCGGCAAGCUGGUGAGCGACGAGAUGGUGGUGGAGCUCAUCGAGAACAACCUGGACACGCCCCCCUGCAAGAAGGGCUUCCUGUUGGACGGAUUCCCUCGCACGGUCAAACAGGCGGAGCUGUUGGAUGACUUGUUGGACAAGAGACACGAGAAGCUGGACUCCGUCAUCGAGUUUGCGGUCGACGAUUCCCUGCUGGUCCGCAGGAUCUGUGGCAGACUCUUCCACCAGCCCAGCGGUCGCUCCUACCACGAGGAGUUUAACCCCCCCAAAGAGCCCAUGAAAGAUGACGUGACAGGCGAGCCCCUCAUCCGUCGCAGCGACGACAACGAGACGGCCCUGCGCACCCGCCUGGAGUCCUACCACCGGCAGACAGCCCCGCUGGUGCAGUACUACAGCGCCCAGGGCCUGCACGCCGCCAUCGACGCCGCCAUGAGCCCCAACGUGGUCUUCGCCUCCAUCGUGGCCGCCUUCACCGCCGCCACAGAAGCUCCUGCCCGCGCCAUCGCCUCCGGUUGAAUGUAGUCCCAUGGAGGUGGACGGACAGACGAGUGGGGAGAAACGCAGACUGGGUGACGUCGGAGCUUCAGACCAAAACGAGCAUCUUCUUGUCAUUCCUCACGCUGCUGCAGCUUCCAAUAAACCUCACCUUUUUGCUACCACCGACA